CAUAGCAGCAUACACACACACACACACACAUAUAUAUAUAUAUAAUACUCCCUCCUAAUCUCAUCAGAACUCAAACAAAGAAGGAGAGCUUUGGAGAAGUGAAAGUAGUAGCAGAAACUAGAAGAAGAAAGGGAGACAUGGGUAUGGUGGUGGUGAUCUCUCUGCCUUUUAUUUUGUUCACCAUACUUCUGGGUUUCGGGUGCUACUUCUUCGGGAGAGCGAGGGGGCGAAGGGAUGCUAUUGCCACGGCUCAGGUUUACGGGGCGCCUGCUCCUCCACCAGGAGCUAAUAACACCCUCCCUUCAUCUCCUCCACCGCAUCCUUUCAAACACGACAACUCUGCCAAUGUUUAAAACCAACAAAUUAUGUGUGGGUUUUGUUUUUGUUGUUUCAUAUUUAUUUUGGUGUGAAUUCUGAGCCAUGUAUAUUUGUUGUAAACUUGAAUCUUACUGAAUGGUGGAAAUACAUUAUUUGUUGUAAACUUGAAUUCUAAGCAUAUUGGUGUGAUGAAUUUA